AUUAAAAGUGGAAGUUUGCUUGGGAAAGUUUUUGUGAGGAAGACUGAUUUCCAAAGUGAUUUAAGUGAUGGCAAGUUGAAGGAUUGGCCAGCUGAGACUGGGAGAGACAUAGCAUAUGAGACCGCUAAGAGACAAGGGAAUCUCUGGACCCACCUGGGGCUCGAACUCAUGACCCUAAGAUCAAGAGUCGCAUGCUCCACUGACUAUGCCAACCAAGUGCCCCAAGGACUAGAUACAAUCUAAUGAGGAAAGAAUGUAUAGAAGAGAAAGGAGAGGUGAGAGUCCUUGAAGUGCAGUGACAGGAAUGUGCAACUCAGAAUAAGGAGGUGGUUCCUAGUCAAUAGGAUGAUGCAAUGUUCCUGCAAAGGUUUAUAAAAGGAUCAUGUUCAUGUAGAGGGAAAAGAAGUUAAGUGUUUUUUAGACUCUCGUCUUUUAUUAGGAACUGUAUGACACUCAUUUAAACCUACCAUUGUCUUGAGAACUGUGGUGUUCAGUCUCAUCAUGUCCUAAUAUAGACAACAUAUGAGCUUAGAUUAUUUUUAAGGCCUAUUGUAUUUAUGCAUUUUAGUUUUUUAUCAUAAAGUUUGAUUUGAAGUAAUUUCUGUGGCAAAGAAGAAGGUUAAAUAAAAAUUUGUCGAAUGUAGUACCAGCAUAGGGAAAUGCCAUUAUCUCAAGGACUCAGCCUGGAUUUCAAAGCUGUCAGUUGGAGCCAUAUUUCUUGAAUUUUUUUUUUCUUAUAACUCAAGCUGGUGUCAUUUUUAAUAUCAUAACAUACAUAUCAGAGAAAAGGAGAAAAUGAUCCUGGUGCUGAUUACCACUUGGAAGAAGGUUCGGAGAGGUGAACUUUUAAUGAGACUUUGGUGUACUUAUGAUACAUUUGCCCACCAAAAUCACUGAAGUGGCUGACCUGACUUAUAUUGGUUUUUUGAUAGCAUCUGAUUUCAACUCUGUGGGAAUUUCUUCAAGUGAAAGGUAAUUUAUGGAACUUACUGAUAAGACUGCUUACAUUUAAAAAAGCUUUCUAUUGCAUUUAGAUACACUCGGGAAAGGCCAAGAUGUGCUAGGCUUCACUGUUAAGGUUGUGCUUACUCUAAAGUCAAUGGUAGUGCAGCUGUGGGUCCAUUCUAAAUGACAAGAAAAGGAUCUCUGUGCUAGGAUUGGUGAUGGGAGCUUUAUUCCACAAAAGAGGUCAUAAAAAUGAUGGUGGAAUUUUAAAGAUUGAUGAGAAAGAGUGAGAUUUUAUCACCUUCAUAUUCUUUCUUUUUUUUUCUUUAGAAGUAAGAAAAGAGCUUUCAUUUCAUCUGAAUGUCAAGUCAAAAGUAGUUAGUAUUCAUCAGACCACGUUUUUCCCUUCUUACGUCUAAGAAUUUCAAGAUCUCAGAAGUUAGAGCUGAAGCUUUAUCCUCAAUUGCAAAGGCCCAGAGGAGCACAGGUACUAAGGCAAUAAUCAAAAUGACUCUGAAAAUCGGUCUUGUCAGAUCCAUUUCCUGUUCUGUGAAAGAAUGAAAGAGCCAGAGACCAGGAUGAAAUAAGAGAUGCCAAAGGCCAGUACCUGUUUGACCUUCUUUGCCACCACCUGAACCUUCUUGAGAAAGACUAUUUUGGGAUCCGCUUUGUGGACCCAGAUAAGCAGCGGCAUUGGUUGGAGUUCACAAAGUCUGUGGUGAAGCAAUUGAGAUCGCAGCCUCCGUUCACCAUGUGUUUCCGCGUGAAGUUUUACCCCGCAGAUCCUGCUGCGCUGAAAGAAGAAAUAACCAGGUAUUUAGUCUUCCUACAGAUCAAAAGGGAUCUCUACCAUGGCCGUCUCCUCUGUAAAACAUCAGAUGCUGCCUUGUUAGCAGCUUAUAUCCUUCAAGCGGAGAUUGGGGAUUAUGACCCAGGGAAACACCCUGAAGGCUACAGCUCCAAGUUCCAGUUUUUCCCGAAACAUUCAGAGAAGCUGGAAAGGAAAAUUGCUGAGAUUCACAAGACAGAACUCAGUGGUCAAACACCAGCAACAUCAGAGCUGAACUUUUUAAGAAAAGCACAGACAUUGGAGACGUACGGAGUGGACCCUCACCCAUGUAAGGAUGUGUCAGGAAAUGCUGCAUUUCUGGCCUUCACUCCUUUUGGGUUUGUCGUUCUGCAAGGAAACAAGAGGGUCCACUUCAUUAAAUGGAAUGAGGUGACCAAGCUGAAAUUUGAAGGAAAGACUUUCUAUUUAUACGUAAGUCAGAAAGAGGAAAAGAAAAUUAUUCUCACAUAUUUUGCUCCAACUCCAGAAGCAUGCAAGCACCUUUGGAAAUGUGGAAUCGAGAACCAAGCCUUCUACAAGCUGGAGAAGUCAAGCCAAGUCCGCACAGUGUCCAGCAGCAAUUUAUUCUUUAAAGGGAGCCGGUUUCGAUACAGUGGCCGAGUUGCAAAGGAAGUAAUGGAGUCGAGUGCAAAGAUCAAACGGGAGCCACCAGAAAUACACAGAGCAGGGAUGGUUCCCAGCCGCAGCUGUCCCUCCAUAACCCAUGGCCCAAGGCUGAGCAGUGUCCCUAGGACCCGGAGAAGAGCUGUUCACAUCUCCAUCAUGGAAGGCCUCGAGUCCCUCCGGGACAGUGCCCAUUCCACACCAGUGCGUUCCUCCUCCCACGGGGACACCUUCCUGCCUCAUGUGAGAAGCAGCCGGGCAGAUAGCAAUGAGCGAGUCGCCGUGAUUGCAGACGAAGCCUACAGUCCUGCAGACAGUGUGCUGCCCACCCCUGUGGCUGAGCACAGCCUGGAGCUGAUGUUGCUUUCCCGGCAGAUCAAUGGGGCCACCUGCAGCAUCGAAGAAGAGAAGGAGUCUGAAGCCAGCACUCCAACAGCUACAGAGGUGGAGGCCCUUGGGGGAGAGCUGAGGGCCCUGUGUCAGGGGCACGGCAGGCCAGAGGAGGAACAGGUGAAUAAGUUUGUUUUAAGUGUCCUCCGUUUGCUCCUUGUGACCAUGGGACUCCUCUUUGUUUUGCUCCUCCUCCUGAUCAUCCUUACCGAGUCUGACCUUGACAUUGCCUUUUUCCGCGAUAUCCGCCAGACCCCCGAGUUUGAACAAUUCCACUAUCAAUACUUUUGUCCCCUCAGGCGAUGGUUUGCCUGCAAAAUCCGCUCAGUGGUGAGCCUGCUCAUUGACACCUGAGAAGGCAUGACUCCUCCCAAUAACUAGCCAGGUGGACCAAGGAGCCCGGCUACCCAUUCCCAGCAAUGGGACCCAUCGCGGAACCAUCGGCACAUGUACCAAGUCCUCCUCUCAUGACUCAAAGUCCACAGCCUAGGAGGGUCAUUUCCCAGAAGAAAAAGAGGAUAGGCUCAUGCCCUAUCUAAACAAACUGGGAAAACUCAUUUCCUUCAGAGGUUCUUUCAAGAAAGGCUCAGCGACUCUGUUUCUCAUCCUCCCGAUUUGCAGGAUAAUUUUUGGUUUUGAAUUUUGAUUUUUCAUAGAUGUGUAUUAUUUUGAAAGUAUCAAAUAAAAAUAAUUUAUUUUACUAUUACGGAUUAUCGCAGUAGUGUCACCUAGCAGAUGGGACACUAGUUGAAGACUAGAGAGCUGUCGUCUUCUGUAUUGUGCGGGAGCUUUCCUACUGGGCUCCAGUAGGCUCAUCAGUGCAGCCUCAGCAGCACAGGCCAGGGGUCUGGACAAUGGGAACUAUCUGUAGGUUUUCCUGCCAGACGAGAUUUGAAAAAAGUAAACAUCCAUGUAGAAUGAUUAAAUGGAAAGUUGCUUCUUAUGAUGGUCUGAGUUGGAUUUUCUUUUCCUUUUGUUUUUUUCAAAUCUGAGCAGAGUGGGCAUCUGAAGGGACCACCGCUACCGCAGCAGCAGCAGCAGGGGUGGGGUAAGUCUGUCCCCUUAGACUAGAGAUCCUAGUGGGCAUCGCCAUGAGUUUUAUAUAAUGAACUUAGACUUUUGUGAUUUUUUUUUUCCUGAAGAACCUCAAGAUUUUUAUAGUGCUUCAGAGACAUUAGUUGAAUUCAGUGGUGCCUGAGAUAAGACUGUCAGAAAUGUCGGACAAAGUGUAGUUAACAGAAACGAGAACUUAGGUACCUAAGAAACUGUUGAGAUUCAGAGAGCAGUACCUAUUUUGUACCCCCCCCCAAAAAAAACUAUUUCAAUUUAUAUUUUAACAAGAUGUUAUUUUCUUAUCAAUUCAUAUUUUGUUUUUACUUUAUGGAUUAAGAAAAUAGAGCCUGAUGAACUAAAUGAUGCAAGAAAGAAACUAAUCUUGAGAAUGAAAAGCUUCAGAAAAGAGAAUUCCAAGAUCAACAAAGAGCCUUGGAAGGGACCAAGAAAAGGAUUUCUUUAAAUAGGCAUACUAAAAGAUGCCUACAAAAGAAAGAAAGCGAACGUGGCAGAAACCAACAAUUAGAUGUAGAAAUACUGCCCCCUAGGGUCAUCCUCUGCAUCAGGAAAAUAAGAGUUGUAGGAAAGUAUUUGCCAUUCUUGCUGAGGGAAGCUGUGGAAGCAUGCAAAGCAUAGCAUGUGAAGGGUGAGUGUGGGGUCCAAGGCCCAAGCUCUGCAACUCUUAACCACUCACAUACAAGAUCUCGUUUUCAUCUCAGGGAGAGAUUUCUAAGUCAUCUGGGGCCUGAGGACUUAUUUAAGGAUAGUCCGUAGACAUAUUCCUGGGACCCACACAAUAGUGGAGUGGCUGCUAACAUCAAGUGAUGUUGGGCAGCCCCAAAUGCAGAAUAGGAUGAGUCACUUGAAGAUUUGCUCUCCCCUAAUUUGUCCCCUGAAAUAGCAGAAUCAUGUCCAUGUACAGAGUAUAACAGACAUGGAAUUGACAGGGGGUGCAGGGUGGGGGGAGUGGAUUGUACAAUUCUAAAUGCCCUUUCAUCUAGACCAGGGGUUGGCAAACUUCUUCUGUAAAGUGUCAGGUAGUACAUAUUUUUUUUAUUUUGGUUUUGUGGGCCAUACUCUGUGGCAACUACUCAACUCUGCCAUCAUAGCACAAAAACAGCCAUAGGUAAUACAUAAACAAGGAAACAUGGCUGUGUUCUAUAACAGUUUAUUUUUAAAAAGACAGCUGAAUUUGGACCACAGGCCAUAAUUUGCCAACCCCAAUCUAGACAAUAAAACUGCUCCUUACCAGUAUGUUAGCAGAAAGGGGGUCGGCUCUGCUCCCAUUCCUGACUUGCUAAAGGCCCAGGACCAUUUCCCAGUGGAGGCACUGGGGUUGCUUGUUUAAAGGGUGCUUGAACAACCAACCAGCAAAGAGGUAACUGAUGCCAAGAUGAGCAAGAUCAAGUGUUUAAAUGCUAAAACUCCACCAGAAGCUAAGAAUGGAAGAGGAAUGUCUGAUCAUUUCCAUACCAGCGACAAUUAGGGCAGAAUUACAAACAUCUAUUUACCAAGUGACAAGACAAACUGAAGGAGAUCCUAGUAAAACUUAGGGAUCACUUAGAACCAACUAUCCACUGCCACUUGUCAUCUACACAGGAAGGCUUUAUUUAGCACAAGACUGAAGUGAAAAGUAGACUCAGAGAUGAAAAGGCUGUCAGGAGAUAGGGGGCUGGUUUUAACCUGGAUAUGUACUGUCUUAUGCAACAUAGCAGAUUACCUUUUAGUGUAGUGUUCCUACCUCAGUCUGUAGAAUAUGGUGUUUCUAUGCAGUGAGUGAUAACCUUGACAGUGACCUUUCAUAUUCACAUUAAAGAGAGAUACAAUAUUCCAUUUCCUGGUAUGUUACUUGUGUCUAGAGUUCUAACAGUACAAUAGUCCAUACCACUUCCAACAGCUGGAUUUUGCUCUCUGAACAGAAACUUUUGGGUUAUUUUUUUCCAGGGCUUACCCCAGAAAAUACAGAUAGUAAAAUUUCCUUCAAUUUGCUUUUCAAGUAGCGCUUGAAUAACAAACCUCCUUUGUUGGUGACUAGUCUUUUUGGUAUCUCCCCAUCGUUAAACAUUGUUCAGAUUUUUAACCUGGUUUUACUGUGUUCCACUAUGUCUCCCAUUUUCUCUCAAAAUUAGUUUGAUCUCAUUGUAGAAAAAAACAAUGGAUUCCAUAGCUUCAUCCAUCAGAAGAAAUAAAACUCUUACUAAAGAAUAGUGUACUGCAUCUUUAAGCAGUAGAAGGUAAACUACCUGCAAAUGUGAAUUUCUUAGUUUCAUUAAAAAGUAUAGUUGUAAACCUUUCGUGUGCCAAAAAUUCUAAGUUAUACUUUCCUUCAAAGCAAUGUACUUUUUUCUACAUAUGCAGUAUGUAGUUAGCAUAAAAUCAUUGGUGCCAUGAAAAUUAUUUUUAAACUUAAAUAAAUAUUUAAAUAUCA